AGUAGGUGGUCAACUGACCAAAAAUUUGGUCAGGAUGUCGGACAGCAGGCGAGGAAGUGCUAUGGAUGGGCCAUCGGAAGAACGAAAGGACAGCCGGGCCAGGCGAAGAAAAUCCAGCGCAUUCGCAAAACCCCUGGAUUUGGACGAUGUUCUGGUUAACGAGUUGGGGCAAUUCGGAAGGUUUCAGAUAAGGAACAUGCUUUUAGUUUCCGUACCGAUCAUCAUGUCAGCUUUCAUGAGCGAAUAUAUCUUCUCUGCUGCUGCGAUUCCUCACAGAUGCCGGAUACAAGAGUGCGGUGAGAACAGUAAGCUAAUGGAGUUUGAGCCUGACUGGAUUUUCGGAGCCAUACCAGUUGACAACAAUGGUAACAUGGAGAGUUGUGAGAGAUAUACAUCCAGCAACACGGGAGUUAAUGGCACCCCCAUGUUCUGUCCCGCUGAUCUCUUCUCCUCUGACAGAAUGGGUUGUGAAGAGUUUGUUUACGCCAGGGAUAAUUCAGUAGUUUAUGAUUUUGACCUCGGCUGUCAAGAGUGGCUGAGAGCUUUGUCCGGUACGCUUAGCAGCGUAGGAACUCUCUUGGUUCUUCCAAUCACUGGUUUCGUAUCGGAUCGUUACGGAAGAAGAGUGGCUGUUGUGAUCAGCGUCUUCAACUUGGCUCUUAUUGGUCUGAUCCGAGCGUUCUCCGUCAACUACCCCAUGUACAUGGUGCUUCAACUCUUACAAACCACUCUUGGUGCUGGUACAUUCAGUUCUUCCUACAUUAUAGCCGCUGAGCUGGUCGGCCCCAAAUAUCGUGUGCUUGCCAGUGCCCUCUCAUCGUCGAUGUUCGCAGUCGGUCUCAUGACACUUGGAGGUGUGGCUUGGUUGGUCCAGCCCUGGCGUUACAUGAUCAUGGUCCUCCACAUCCCAUGCUUCCUCGUCAUCAGCUACUACUGGAUUCUCCCUGAGAGUGUCAGGUGGUUGCUAUCGAAGCAGAAGUACGAUGAAGCUACCUCCAUCUUACAAAAAGUUGCGACAGUUAAUGGAACCUCGAUCAGUGAGAAGUCUCUUGCAGCACUGACCACACCACCACCAGUUGCGUAUGUUGAAUCUCCUGAGGACAAAGGUCCUGGAUUGGUCAAAACAAUCUUCCGCUCACCAAUCCUUCUGAGACGAGUAUGCACUACUCCUAUUUGGUGGAUUACUACCACUUUCGUCUACUAUGGCCUAUCCAUCAACUCCACCAGUCUUUCUGACACUAUGUACCUCAACUUUAUUCUGACCUGCGCCGUCGAAAUCCCUGGAUUCUUCACCGCUAUCUUAGUUUUGGACAGGAUAGGCAGAAAAGCUACUCUGUCUUGUGGAUACUUAUUCAGUGCUGCUUGCAAUAUUGCAUUCAUCUUCAUACCUAAUGACCUCACCACCCUCCGUCUGAUCGUGUUCCUGUUGGGCAAGUUCGGUAUCUCUAUCGUGUUCACGUCUCUCUAUCUCUUCACCUCCGAGCUGUACCCCACAGAGUACAGACACACCCUGCUCGCCUUCUCCUCUAUGAUCGGACGAAUUGGAUCCAUCACUGCUCCUCUUACACCCGUUCUGGCUGACUACUGGCACGGUACACCGUCCAUGAUGUUCGGUAUCAUGGGCAUGAUCUCUGGUCUCCUGGUGCUAACUCAGCCGGAGACCCUGGGCCUCAAGAUGCCUGACACCCUGGCGGAGGCAGAGGCCCUCGGACGACCAGAGUCCAAAGCGAAACAAAGUAGCUGAACUUGAUUAGG